GGGAUUGGACCCACAACCUCAUGGAUCCUAGUUGGGUUCCUUAACCACUAGGCCAUGAUGGGAACUCCCUGAGGUGGUUGUUUGAAUUGAAAUUUCACACAUGGAGCAAAGUGUGCCAGUUCCGCAUGUGCGAACCUAUGAAUCAUUUUGAAGCACACACCUCGGAAGAGAAUCAAGGCCAGCCCCCCAGAGCCCCCUCCCCAUCCUCCGGCAGCCACCGUCCUGAUUCCUCAUCCACAGUCUGUUUUGACCUCACUUGAGCCUCCCGAGCUUGGCUCUGGGCUGCACAGGGGACACGCAUGUCCCCUGCGUGUCCACGCUGUCCCUGGCUGAGACCAUCGCUCUUUGUUACUCCAGGUCGUUGGAGCUGAAAUCUGAGUCCAAUAUUUGGUUUUGCUCUGUUGCGCCCCGAACCCUGGCCACGGUCCUCGGACACACUGCCUUCACAUGUGUGUCCUUGUCACCAGACACAACAGGAACCGGGGGCAGGGCGCCCGAGCCUGCUUUCACCAGGGACCAGGCGGAGGGGUGGGGUGGGGUGGGAGGCUGCGGGCUGGCCUUGGGGUCCCCACGCCUGGAUGUGAUGUUGAAAUUUUGUGUUGCUUUAACUGCCUUUACUUUCUGAGCUAGGGGCCGGCUCCGUCCAUAGCAAAAGGUAACUUUGUUGUAGAUGAGCGUAAGCCUCACCCCGGAGAGCGCUAGUAAGUACAGACCAGGCGAACCCCACGCCUCUUCUCUGUCCUCCCUGAACCAGACAUGGGGCCUGGACCCCGCCACGCCCCCGCCCCGGAGGCCCCUCCCGGACCAGCAGCAGACAGGGAGGGCGCGAGCCCAGCACAGGUCCCAGGAUGGGGGACCGGGGGGCCUUCCCACGGGGUCUCCCCAGGCCUGUGGGGAGCUGGGAGCCGCCCGGUCCUGUGUGCCAGUGACCCCUUUUCCAGGGGUGGGUCUGUCCAUCCCCAAACGGGAUCCUGUCACCCCAAAUGUUAAGAACCUCCACUCUAGAUAUUACAAGAUUGGGCCACACUUUAGCCCCCAACCUGGUCCCCCAGACCCUUGACAGGGACACUCAUCCCAGCCUGGGGCUUAGACACAGGGGGAAUGGGCCCCUGUGACCUCCCGUGGGAACUGAGCUGGCCUGAGCCUGGGGGUGAAACCACAUCCAACCUGCAGAGACGCCAUGGGGAUGUCAGGAAGUCCGACCCUCGGAGGGGACAGCCCCACGUCACCUCACAUCUGCUGAGACAGCCCUCUCAGUGCCAGUGCUGGGGGCCACGGGAGGAAGGGACAGUCCCCCAGAGACCCCUGAGCACUGACAGGUACCUGAAAAGCCUCGUAUCACAGGAACAACCUGACAGAGCCUGUGGCAUUAAUGGAUGCUCAAAGGUCAUCGUGCGUUUCUCCUCUGAGCUGGCAGCCAGUGCCUUCGUCCAACUCAUGAGCCGCUUCGUCUCACCAGCCAGCACGCCCCCCUCCACCCUGGCCCCCCCACCCAGCACAGCCCCUUCUGUCCCUGGAGUGGACAGAGCCUCCGUCUUCCCGUCUUUGAAGUGGGAGGGACCAAACCCACCUCGGCUGGUGAUGACGUCGCAGCCCCACUCCGAAGCCAGGCACGGAGGGGCGCCCGGGCUGAGCCCUGGCUGGGACAAUGAUCUGUAGUCUGAGCUGGAGACCAGCUCCUGGGGAGGGGAUUUAUCCCAGCUCAUGCCCACCCCCGUGACACGGAUUCCAGCUCAGGAAAUGUGCUCUCACUCUGCACUGCGGGGCCUGGUAUCAAACGCAGAGAUAAGCUCUUGGUUAACAAAGAGCGCUUUCAUAGUGAGCUUCUGGACCGCUCGGCUCCAAGGGCAGAGAGGCCUGAUCCCCCAGGUCCCAGAGGUGCUGAUACGGUCCCCAAGGAGGCCGGCAGCUGCUCUCCUGUCACUGCUUUACUAACUCAUGACCACUGCUCUCACAAGGGGCCACCAAGCAGAAGCCCCAAGAGGCACAAGCCCUCGAUUCUAGUGCCCAUUGCUCGCUGCCAGACCCCAGUUGGGGGGGGGGGUGCGUGGUGGGAUGCUAGAUCCGGACCUGCUUUGGCAUCGGCUGUGAUUUGCUGGCGGCGGGUGAGGGGGUGGGUGACUCUCGGGAGAUGCCUCCUGUGCUGCUGGCGGGAUGCUGUGCAUAGUGAAGCCAGGGCUUUGCCCUUUACUCGUCUGAGGUCUCAGGGACCCCUGCCCCUUUGCAGCCGGCUGUCUGCCCACUGACACCCCUCCCUGGAGAGGCACAGACACCCAGCCCCACCCCACCCCAGAAUUCCGAAAGCCACAGAAAGCUCCUUGGCUCCCAGCCCCAUGGGUCUGGCCUCAGGCCUCCGCGAGAGGGUCCUCAGUGCCAGCCCAGGGAGCUGGGUGCUAUGGCCCCACCUGCCCACCUCUCACUGGGCCCUCCUUCCAGGUGCGGCUCCAGGUCCAGAGCAUGGAGAAGCCCCAGUAUCGCGGGACCUUGCACUGCUUCCAGGCCAUCAUCAAGCAGGAGAGCGUGCUGGGCCUGUACAAGGGCCUGGGCUCGCCGCUCAUGGGACUCACCUUCAUCAACGCGCUGGUGUUCGGCGUGCAGGGCAACACCCUCCGAGCCCUGGGCCAAGACUCGCCGCGGAACCAGUUCCUGGCGGGCGCGGCGGCGGGCGCCAUCCAGUGCGUCGUCUGCUGCCCCAUGGAGCUGGCCAAGACGCGGCUGCAGCUGCAGGACGCGGGGCCGGCCCGCACCUACCGCGGUUCCCUGGACUGCCUGGCGCAGAUCUACCGGCGCGAGGGCCUGCGCGGCGUCAACCGGGGCAUGAUCUCCACGCUGCUGCGCGAGACCCCCAGCUUCGGCGUCUACUUCCUCACCUACGACGUGCUGACCCGCGCGCUGGGCUGCGAGCCCGGGGACCGCCUGCUGGUGCCCAAGCUGCUGCUGGCGGGCGGCACGUCGGGCAUCAUGUCCUGGCUCUCCACCUACCCCGUGGACGUGGUCAAGUCGCGGCUCCAGGCGGACGGGCUGCGGGGCGCCCCGCGCUACCAGGGCAUCCUCGACUGCGUGCGCCAGAGCUACCGCGCCGAGGGCUGGCGCGUCUUCACGCGCGGACUGGCCUCCACGCUGCUGCGCGCCUUCCCCGUCAACGCCGCCACCUUCGCCACGGUCACCGUGGUGCUCACCUACGCGCGGGGCGAGGAGCCCCGACCGGAGGGCGAGGCCGUGCCCGCCGCCCCCGCGGGGCCCCCCCUGACCCAGCCCUCCAGCUGGUGAGGCCCCGACCCAGCCUCCCCAGGGGCCGCUUUCCCGAAGCGCGAAGUAGGCAUAAGUUGGCGCCCCCCAGUCUCCCUGCCCCAGACGCCCGGACUCCAUGGGCUGGGGACUCCAUCAGACUCCGGGUGAAUUCCCUCAUCAGCUGGGUGGCCUUGGCGACAGGUUUGACAUCCUCAGUUUUCUCUGCUGUGAAAUGGGGGUCCUCAUGCCCACAGUGUACAGUCGGGAAGCUCAGAGGUGACGCCCAUGCUGUGCCCAGCCUGGCACUGUUACCUGGAGUCCUCCAGAAGCCCAGCCAACACUCCAGCCCUGCCCUGCAGUCCUAGCCCCACCACCGUGGGGUCUCUGAUGACCCACCAUGGGCUUGCCAGUGACACGCCAACUGCAAAUCCUCUGUCUGGCAGAGCUCCAGGGCCACUUUUGGCCAACCGUCCAGUCUUAGGGACAGAGGGGCAGCUCAAGGGGCCUGCUGGUGACACAGAACCGAAUCUUCUGCCAGUACACUCCAGCUUCUGCAUGGGGUAAGCCGGGAACACCCCUACUGCCUGCGCUCCCCCUGCAGGGCAGCUGAGGGACCUCUAAGAAGCCAUGGGGGCUGCAGGAGGCUCUGGUUAAAUGCAGCCACUGCGAGGGAACAUUGUCGCCCUCUGGGCCUCAGGCCACCCAUCUGUAAAGUGGGGACGAAGGUCAGCCGAUAGCUGGCUCUGCCGCCCCCUGCUGCCCGAGGUUUCUGAGUUGUGCAGGGAGAGCAGUGUAGGAUCCCACCCCCAGUGAGUGGUGUCUCCUGGGCACUCUGGGUCUGGCGUCCUGUGCAUGAGGCCAUGUGGGCCAGUUUGGACCCCUCCAGACCACAGGGCGUCUGAGCCCCACUCCAGGGCGGUCACUAGAAGGAGGGCUUUGCACAUCUGUUGCCUUAUGGCUAUGAGAUUGGACAGGGGGGCGGGGAGUGCUUUUGCACAAGUUGGGGGUGACUGUAGCCUCCUCCACCCUGGGGGGUGGGGGGCGCUCAGCCUCAGGGGCAGUGUGACAAGUUCUCCCGGGAGACAGGCCGUCCUCAAGGAAGACGGGACUCCCGCCUUGUGCACGUGGUGUCCUUGUACAGAAACCGGCGAGGGAAUAAAGUCUGUUUUUUUUAAGAA